UCUAUCUCUAUUCUCGUUUUCAACUCUGAACUUGCCCCCUCUCUCUCUUUCUCUCUGCAACUGCAAACCACAAAAUCUACAAGAAUCAGAAGUUCAAAACCCAUAUAUUUCAGUUUAUCUAUCUGUCUACAAGAAUCAAAAGUUCAAAACCUAUUACCUAUAUCAAAACCCAUAUCGGCGUAUCAUUUCAGAUUGUUCAAAAAAUCAAAACCCGUAUCUUUCAGUUUCCAUCGCCCGCUGUUCCAGUUCGGGUUCGCCGUUCGCAAGCUUCAGCCGCUGUCUCUCAACUCUCAGGCUUGCCUCCUCUCUCUCUCUGCAACUGCUAACUGACAUGUAUGGGUUUUGUUUUAAAUUGUUUUCUAAAUCAACUAAUCAAGGUCUGUAAUUCUUGUUUUGCAAACUAAAUCCUAUUUAGGGCAAAUCAUUUGCCUCCAUCUCUAUUCUCGUUCUCAACUCUGAACUGGCCCCCUCUCUCUCUGCAACUGCAAACUACAAGAAUCAGAAGUUCAAAACCCAUAUAUUUCAGUUUAUCUAUCUGUCUGCAAGAAUCAAAAGUUCAAAACCUAUUACCUAUAUCAAAACCCAUAUCGGUAUAUCAUUUUAGAUUGUUCAAAAAUCAAAACCCAUAUCUUUCAGUUUCCAUCGCCCGCUGUUCCAGUUCGGGUUCGCCGCUGGCAAGCUUCAGCCGCUGUCUCUCAACUCUCAAGCUUGCCCCCCUCUCUCUCUCUGCAACUGCUAACUUGUAUGUAUGGGUUUUGUCUUAAAUUUUUUCUGUAAUUAUUGUUUUGCAAACGAAAAUGAACUGUAAUCUUGAUUUUGUGUAAGGGUCAAUUUGGCAUAAAAAAUAAUAGAAGGGUGAGUCCUGACUGGUGGCCUAAUCAAGCAGCUGAUAAGUAGAAGGCGUGGCCUCUCAGCUCAUUCUAGGCAAGGCACAACAAGAGCAAGGUCACAUGAUCUCUCAACAUAAGUUUGUGCUAUUGAAGUCUAUUUCCUGCCAAUUCCUAUCAAAACCACUUCACUUGUCAACUACUACCAACUCAUACUUCACGAGACUCACCAAGAAAGCAUGUAUAGACAUCCUUAGAAACUGCAAGUCCAUGAAACAACUCAAACAAAUCCAAACCCAAGUUUUCAGGAUCGGUGUACACCAAAACAAAGACACCCUCAGCAAGCUCAUGGUCUUCUGUACACACCCAUCUCUUGGAAGCUUAUCCUAUGCCAAGAAGAUCUUUGAUUACAUUGAAGACCCGAGUUUGUUUGUUUACAAUGUAAUGAUCAAAGCAUAUGCCAAGAAAGGUAGCUUUAGAAAAACUCUUUUUUUGUUUGAUCAAUUGAGGAUGCACGGUUUGUGGCCAGAUAAUUUCACCUACCCCUUUGUUUUCAAGGCCAUCGGAUGCUUGCGGGAGGUUUUAAUAGGCGAAAAAGUUCAUGGGUUUGUUGUAAAGAGUGGGGUUGAGUUUGAUUGUUAUGUCUGUAACUCACUCAUGGACAUGUAUGCAGAACUGGGUUAUGUUGCGAAAUUGAAGAAGUUGUUUGAUGAAAUGCCUGAGAGAGAUGUGGUUUCUUGGAAUGUCUUGAUCUCUGGAUAUGUUAGAUGUAACAGAUUUGAGGAUGCUGUUGAUGUUUUUCGGCGUAUGAAACGAGAAAGUAAUCUGAAGCCUGAAGAAGCUACGGUUGUAAGUACUCUUUCGGCCUGUACAGAAUUGAAAAUUUUGGAACUUGGUAAAGAAAUUCACCGGUAUGUUAGCCAUGAGCUCGGAUUUACCACUAUAAUUGGCAAUGCCUUGUUGGAUAUGUACUCCAAGUGUGGAUGUUUAAGUAUAGCCCGACAAAUUUUUGAUGCAAUGCCAGAGAAAAAUGUGAUUUGUUGGACAAGUAUGGUGUCUGGGUAUGUGAACAGCGGUCAGUUGGAUGAAGCUAGGGAGUUGUUUGAGAGAAGUCCAGUUAAGGAUAUUAUUCUUUGGACGGCUAUUAUUAACGGGUAUGUGCAGUUCAACCGUGUUGAUGAGGCACUAGCUCUGUUUCGGGAGAUGCAAAUCCAAAGGGUUAAGCCUGAUAAAUUCACUGUGGUUGCUCUCCUUACGGGCUGUGCCCAAUUGGGAGCUCUGGAACAAGGUAAAUGGAUCCACGGUUACAUAGAUGAAAACAGAAUCACAGUUGAUGCGGUUGUUGGUACUGCUCUAGUAGAUAUGUAUGCAAAAUGUGGUUGCAUAGAGAAAUCUUUGGACAUUUUCAAUGGGUUGAAAGAGAAAGACACAGCCUCAUGGACUUCAAUUAUUUGUGCACUUGCCAUGAAUGGCAAAACCAAAAAAGCACUAGAACUGUUCUCAGGUAUGAAACAAGCUGGAUUUAAACCUGAUGAUAUCACAUUUAUUGGUGUUUUAAGUGCUUGCAGUCAUGGGGGACUGGUAGAGGAAGGCCGUUGGUACUUUAAUUCAAUGAGAGAGAUGUAUCAAAUUGAACCAAAGUUAGAACACUAUGGGUGUCUAAUUGACCUCCUUGGUCGUGCUGGAUUAUUAGAUGAAGCGGAGGGAUUGAUCGAAGAUGUACCAGACAAAAAUAAUGAGAUUAUAAUUCCACUUUAUGGUGCUUUGCUGAGUGCCUGCAGAAUCUAUGGUAAUGUUGAUAUGGGUGAACGUGUGGCUCAAAGGCUUGUGGAAAUUGGAUCUAAUGAUUCCAGUGUCCAUACUCUUCUGGCCAAUAUCUAUGCUUCUGCUCACAGAUGGGAAGACGUGACGAAAGUGAGACACAAUAUGAAAGCUCUAGGAGUCAAGAAGGCACCUGGGUGUAGUUCAAUUGAGGUUAAUGGCAAUGUCCAUGAGUUCGUAGUUGGAGAUGCAUCUCACCCACAAAUGAAAAAAGUUUACUUAAUGUUGAAUAGUAUGGCUAAACCAUUGUCAGGUUUAGAGGCAAAUGAAAUGGAAUGAGAUUUUGUGAUGAAUAAAAACUUAUUUCAUUGAUCUUCCGAAAGAAUUAAAAGAUUGAGAAUUUUCAGUUUGCUGCAUAUCAUUCAAUGGUUUAAGCACUGAUUUUUAACCCAAAAGUUCCCUUAGGUGUGUGGCUCCAGUUACUCAAACACAACUUCAUGAGAAGAGAAGGGGCAGUAAGAAGGUAUUACGCUGAUGUUCGGAGAGUGAAGGGUACUCGUAUGGAAGUGUUUGAAAAUCUGAAAGGCGCUUCUGACAGAUGCUUGGGAAGUUUCAGCACCUCAGCUGGGUGAGCAAGAAAAUGGAUGCGAGACAUUCUAAAGGAGUUACAGCUAAGCAUAUCAGGAAGGCAUCAAAUCAAUUUUGUGUAACCAACAAGGUCAGACCUGAAAGGAAGAGGAAGUGUUGGGCUCGUUUCGGGCCCUAGCAAGUCACACAAGGAGUGUGGAGUGAGGCUUUAAGGGUGUGGAGUGAGGCUUCAAGGCUUCAAGGCUUCAAGGGUGUGGAUGUCCCUAUUCUUGUAAAAUCAUCUGUGCAAACAUUUAGGAUUUGGAAGGAAUUGGAGAAUAGAUUGUUGGCUCGAUUUGAUGCAGCCUCACAGAGGAGAGAAUUGUCUACUAUGGCAGAGUGCACUAAAAUUUUAUCUCAGUUUAAUAGGGAACAAGUGCUAUGCAACAUUAUGUGGCAACGCGUCCAAUGUUUAUUGACGUGGGGGUCAUGAAUGCAGACACUAGAUUGGUUCUUGGUGACCAGGGUACAUUACCUAGUCCUAGCAAUGUUGCACGUGGGCUUUCUUCGUUGUACAAAGAAAUCACAGGUUUGAAGGCUUGGAAUUUAUCUCAAUGAAAGGGUGUUAGGACUCAAUGAAUUUAAUGUACUUGUAAUGAUUGACCUACAGACACUGUUCGUAAAGAAGCGGCCACAAUAAUGGCUGUAUUCCCUUCUGCAAAUGAUGUUAUGUCAAUUUUGGUUCAGCGAGUUACCACACUUCUUGACAAACUGUUGCAGAAACCAUCUCUUGUUAAUCCACCUCCUAUGGAAGAAGGCGGACUUCUGUUAUUGUGUUUUCCUGAUGCUUCAGUAUCUUAGAGUGCUAGCAGUGCCAUAUGAGAACACGCAGGAACUUGCUAGAGACCUACGUGUUGUGGGGUGUGGUGACUUGGAGAUUGAAGGUAACACUUAAGAAAACAUUGCUAGCUUCUUUUUAGAUCAAAUACCUGAACUCCUUGCCUGUGAGUUGGUUCUACAUUGCCAAGGUUACACUUGAUUAAAUGGUACAUAAGUUAUGUUUAUAUUAGGCAGCUUUGUCUGUCCACCCUGUUUGAGGGUACCCCAAGUAUUCGGAAAGAUGCACAGAGGUAAAUGUAAAAUUGGCGAUUUUUUAUAUAUUAAAACCCAAAAUCAGUAGCACUGACUGCAGAAUUUUCGUAGAACAUAAUGACUUCAUUUCUAUGGCACAGUUUUUCCACUAAUUAAAAUGCAUUAUAGAAAAUCUGACGCUAUUAACUUAUAUCAACUGUUAGGGACUGUUUGGCAUGUGUUUUGCUUUGUUUUAGGCUUGCUACAGUAACCCCUUUCAAGCCCAAAACAUGUUUGGUUGGGCUUGUUGUGUUUUAAACAGUAACAAAACAAUUUCAAAAAUGGGCCCAAAACAUGAAACACCAUUUUGGUGUUUUUAGUUGUUUUUGUACUGUUUGGGCUACAUUACACUGUGGCGGAUGAAACAAUUUGCUCAUUUAACUGUAGCGGAGGAAACACAUAUAAAAGGCAAAAUUUGUCAUUUUCUAGGGUUUUGGGUGCGGCUUCUAUUUGGGCGAUUUUGGGCGACUCACAAAAUCAUCUCAGCAUCCCCAAUCGCCUCCAACUUUAUUCUUCUUCUCAACUCUGAACUUGCCAUCUCUGUCUCUGCAACUGUAAACUACUGUAGUCCACAAGAAUCAGAAGUUCAAAACCCAUUUACUUCAAUUUAUCUAUCUAUCUACAAGAAUCAAAAGUUCAAACCUUUAUCAAAAUCCAUAUCGGCAUAUCAUUUCAGAUUGCUCAAAAAAUCAAAACCCAUAUCUUUUAGUUUCCAUCGCCCGCUGUUCCAGUUCCAGUUUGCCGUUCGCAAGCUUCCGCCGCUGCCCGCUGUCUCUCAACUCUCAAAACCCAUGUCGGCGUAUCAUUUCAGAUUGUUUUAAUUUUUUUUCUAUUUGAAAUCAAGGUCUCAACUCUCAAAACCCAUGUCGGCGUAUCAUUUCAGAUUGUUUUAAUUUUUUUUCUAUUUGAAAUCAAGGUCUGUAAU